AUGUCGGUCGAAGGUGACAAGCUACAACCAUCACCAUUAAGUCGAGCAGAGGGUCUUUUACUUCACGCAAACACUCCAAAAGGUAGGCUAUGGCAGUACUAUUGGCAUCUAACUCAGCAAAUAUGUCCAGGUCGAGGAGUCUUUGCUUCACAAACAAUUCCAAAAGGAACUGUCAUUGAUGUGAGCCCAGUGCUCGUGUUCAACAAAGACGAAGUCGAGCUACACACAAGUCAGACAAUUUUGCAACAUUAUACCUAUUACUGGCCAGAUCCGGCUGGAGGAGCUCAAACACAAGCGAUUGCGCUGGGCCUCGGAUCUAUGUUCAACCAUUCGACCAAGAAGCAAAACGUAAUAUGGUCGAGAAAUAUCGCAGCAGGAACUAUCAUCUACACUGCACACCGAGACAUCUUGCGUGGCGAAGAGCUGUGCAUCUCUUAUGGUAAUGCUCGGUUGUGGUUUAAGGACGCUGAUCUUGAGAACGAAACAACUGAUCUGAAGGGCAAAGAUGAGAUUACUCAAAGUGGACUUGACAUCUUUAUGGUUGGCUCUUCAGAUGAGGAUGAUUCUACACAACGUUGA